AUGACAGGAACGAAGACAGUUAAAGUUAAACAAAAAGAGAAUUUCGUGAUCGAUUUGCCCACUGAUUCAAAUCAAGCUUCAAACCUCGAUUCGGCUAUUAACUGGUUCAGGCAUGAAAUCGAUGAAAUUGAGGCUAGAACAAUGCGUGAAAUUCCUCUAAACAAAUUGUUAAGCUUCAAAAAAAGCAUGAUGCCGUUGGAAAGAAAUCAUUCACCAGCUACUGUAAACAUCAUUUCGAAUCAUUCGAUCAGUAUUACGGGAGAUGAAAAGGCGCAAUCAUUCAGUGAUGAAUCUGUCGCGAAUUCCAAUUUCGCGAAAGACCAAAGUAUAAAAAAUUAUCUAUCCAUGCAAUCAUCACUCAUGUCUUAG